CGAGUGUGGGGAUUGUUGCACGUGGGGCGCGGACUGAGGGUGCAGAGAAGGGGGCGGCGCGUGGGGAACCCGGCAGAGCGCGCGUGCGUGUGGCGCGUAGGGUGUUCGGUUUGGGUUUUGAGUGUGGAACGUUUCGAUGCUGACUGUAGUGGCUGAGAUUCCCGCGGCUGCAUCUCCGGGCUUUCUUGAGUGAGUCCCCCUUCAUGAUCUGUCACCAGGAGUAGUCUCGGAGACGCGGCUCGCCGUGGGAACAUGAAUCUCUUACCUAAAAGCUCCAAGGAGUUUGGCUCUGUUGACUAUUGGGAGAAGUUCUUCCAACAGCGAGGGAAGAAAUCUUUCGAAUGGUAUGGCACCUACCUGGAACUCUGUGAAGUGCUGCACAAAUACAUCAAGCCCAGGGAAAAGCUGCUUGUGAUUGGCUGUGGCAACUCAGAGCUCAGUGAGCAACUGUAUGAUGUGGCUAUCAAGAUAUCGGUGAAUAUUGACAUCAGUGAGGUGGUCAUCAAGCAGAUGAAGGAGCGCAAUGCAGCCGACGCCCCACAUAGCUUCUUGAAGAUGGACAUGACCCAGAUGGCGUUUCCUGACGCCACAUUCCAAGUGGUGGUGGAAGGCACUCUGGAUGCUGUCCUGACAGACGAGGAGGAGGAGACCUUGCAGCAGGUGGACAGGAUGCUGGCUGAGGUUGGCCGGGUCCUGCAGGUGGGCGGUCGCUACCUCUGCAUCUCCCUGGCGCAGGGCCCUCACAUCGUGAAGACAGUGGGUCAGUCUCUUCUCUCUCGGGAGGGGUGGAUGGUGAGGGUACACCAAGUGGCCAGCAGCCAGGACCAGGUGUCUGAAGCAGAGCCUCGGUUCUCCCUGCCUGUCUUUGCCUUCGUCAUGACCAAGUUCAGGCCAGUCCGGGCUCUGCCCUUCAGAUUCUUUGAGCUGUGUACUCAGGAGCAGGGCAAGCCCUUGCGGCUGGAGAGUGCCGAUCGACUGGCUGAGGCCGUGCGGGAGCGGCAGCACUAUCGCUGGCUGUGUAGUCAGCUGCGCCGCAAAGUGGGCUGGGGAGUGGUGUCUCUGGACUUGUGCAGUGGGGACACUGGGGAGCCACGCUACAGCCUCCACGUGGUGGACAACCCCACUGUGAAACCAUCGCGGGACAGUCAUUUGCCAUUUUUAUCAGUGAUACCCCAGGGCCGAGAGACCGAGUGGCUCUUUGGCAUGGACGAGGGCCGGAAGCAGCUGGCAGCCAGCGCAGGCUUCAGGAGGUUGGUCACCGUGGCUCUUCAUCGCGGCCAGCAGUAUGAUGGCAUGGAAAGCAUUCAAGCAGAGCUGGCAGCCAGAGUCAUGGAGCUGGCCCCGGCCGGGAUGCCUCCCCAGCAGCAGGGUCCCUUCCUGUCUGUGGGUGGGGACAUUGGAGUCCGGACUGUUCGGCACCAAGACCACAGUGCCCUGAGUGGUGACUAUGUUAUUGAGGAUGUGCAAGGGGCAGAUAGGUGGUACUUUCGGCGGCUCAUCUUCCUCAGCAACAGGAACGUUGGUGCAGGUCGGAAGCCAGACUGCUGAAGGAGGGUGUCUCACCGAGGUGAGGCAUCACACUUAGCCCAGAAGAAACGGAAAAAGGACAGGAAAAAGCAGCGGCCUGCUGAUGCUUCUGAGGACGUCCCUCCUGCCCCUGGGCAGUCCAUCGAUAAGAGUUACCUCUGCUGUGAACACCAUAAAGCCAUGAUCGCUGGCCUUGCCCUGCUGAGAAACCCAGAGCAGCUCUUAGAGACUCCACUGGCAUUAUUGGUGGUGGGUCUAGGAGGAGGUAGCCUCCCCCUCUUCGUUCAUGAUCAUUUCCCAAAGUCUCGUGUCGAUGCUGUUGAGAUUGACCCCUCCAUGUUGGAAGUGGCCACCCGGUGGUUUGGCUUCUCCCAGAGUGACCGGAUGAAGGUUCACAUUGCAGAUGGCCUGGCCUACAUUACUAGCUUGGCAGGAGGAGAAGCGCGACCCCACUAUGAUGUGAUCAUGUUUGAUGUAGACAGUAAGGAUCCGACACUGGGGAUGAGUUGUCCUCCCCCAGCGUUUGUGGACCAACUUUUCCUCCAGAAGGUCAAAAGCAUCCUGUCUCUUGAAGGUAUCUUUAUCCUUAACCUUGUGUGUCGUGAUGUGGAGUUAAAGGACUCAGUGCUGGCUGGACUCAAGGCAGCCUUCCCUCUCCUGUAUGUCCGGCGAAUUGAGGGCGAAGUGAAUGAGAUCCUGUUUUGUCAGCUGCAGCCAGAGCAGAAGCGUGCUACACCAGAGCUCCUGGAAAUGGCCCAGGCUUUGGAACGGACCCUGAGGAAGCCUGGGCAGGGUUGGGAUGACACCUAUGUCCUGUCAGAUAUGCUGAAGACUGUAAAGAUUGUGUGAUCAGCUUUCUGCCCAGACAGAUGUGAACUGGGCUGCUGGAGUAUGACACACAGGUUGUUUAGACUUCAUGUUUUUUUUUGGUGAUAUCCCUCUGACCUUUUGGGAUGGGAGGCAGUCCCAGGGAUGAUUGCUUUGAUUUUUUUAUAGAAGUGUGGUUAUGGACGAAGAACGGAGCUGGUCAUCUGCUUCUGGAGGCUGAGGGAAGGACAAAGGAGAAAUUACAGUUGGGCAGUGUCCUACUGUGGAUCUUCAGUGUCUUCCCAAAGGUCAUAUGUUGAAAGGUGACUCGGGCUUUGUGGAGGAGGUUAGGUCACUGGUGUGCCCUUGAAGGACUGUAGAGACACUGGCCUUUCUCUUUUGGUCACUGUCAGGUGAAGCACUCAAACUACCAUAUCUUCCCUCCCAUGAUGCCGUUUCACCUCAAGCCCAAGGACAAUGGGUCUGCCUACUCAUGGCCUAGAACCAUGACUAAGCCAAUAAACCUUUCUUCCUUGCAA